AUGUCUAUCUCGAUCCCCCACUCGCUCAGGGAGAAGCUCCUCCGCAACGAGGUGGCCUCCACGCUAAGCGUCAAGCUGGUCAAGUCCGUCGAGCUCCCCAUGAUGGCCAAAACGGCCGGCUUCGACGGUAUCCUCGUCGAUAUGGAGCACUCCUCGUUCGACCUUGAGACGACGUCCCAGCUCUGCAUAGCCGCGCUGUACGCCGGCAUCUCGCCCAUCGUCCGCGCACCCAGCAAGGACCCGUUCUUCGUCUCGAGGAUCCUGGACGGCGGCGCGCUCGGCGUCAUCGUGCCGCACAUCCGCAGCGUCCAGGACGCGCGCGACGUCGUCUCGGCCGCCAAGUUCCAGCCGGUCGGCACCCGCUCGUCGACCAACGGGCUGCCCCACUUCCAGUUCCGCACGAUCCCGGCAAAGGUCUCCAACCCGGUCACGAACGACGCAACGCUCGUCAUCCCCAUGAUCGAGACGCUCGAGGCCCUGGAGCUCGUGGAGGAGAUCGCCGCCGUGGAGGGCGUCGACUCCCUGCUCAUCGGCACCAACGACCUGACGGCCGAGAUGGGGAUCCCGGGUGACUACGAAAACCCCAGGGUGACGGAGGCGUACCAGCGCACCAUCGACGCCUGCAACAGGCACGGCAAGUGGGUUGGAGUAGGCGGUCUCCACUCGCGUCUGGACUUGGUCGAGAAGUUCUGCCAGAUGGGCGCGCGCUGGGUCAUGGCUGCCACGGAUGGUCCUCUGCUCAUCGCCGGUGCAACCAAGAGGGCUUCCGAGAUGGCCAGCUUGAGUGCCAGGGCGACGGGGGCUAAGACCAACGGAGCCUCAUAG